CUCUUCAAUCUAUGGUCAAACUCACACAAUGAUGUAGAUCUAUGGUGCCGUAAAUCAGAUCAGAAUGGCAGCCAAGAACUGGGUUUACGUUACUUUUGUGGCAUUCUUUGUCUCACUGGGUGGUUACCUGACUGGAUACAGCUUUGGGACUCUCAAUGGUUUGCAGAACUUCUCAGGAUUUCUGGAGUACUUUGAUCUGGGGAACAGUUCCACGAACGCAAGUUGCACAGAGACGUCGCAUCUCACUGAGGAGAAUCGUCUUAUUUUGGGGACCAUCAUAUCCAUCAUAAAUCUCGGAGGAGCCAUUGGAAAUCUCUUUGCUGGCAAGCCUGCUGACUAUUUUGGCCGUAAAGUAACUAUAGUGAUGUCAGGAGUGCUAAUGGUUCUUGGAACAGCGAUACAGAGUGCUGCUAUUCAGGGAGCUUCUUGGAUGUUAAUUUUGGGUCGCUUUGUUGCUGGACUGGGAUAUGGCGUGUUCUACAUGGCUGGCCCUGUGUACAUUGCCGAGAUUUCCCCCAAGCACAUCCGAGGGACCUUGACCUCUCUCGUUGGUAUUACCAUAGGAAUGGGUGUCGUAACUGGUUAUGUCACCAACAUCUUAUUCUUUGAUAAGUCUUAUGGUUGGAGGGUGUCUCGUCUUCUAGACUGUGUGAUUAGUUGUGUCUUCAUUUUCGGCAUGAUUUUGAUGCCCAGGAGCCCAAGGUGGCUCAUGUUAAAGCGGAGAGAGUCAGAGGCGCGAGAGGUGCUGACAAAAAUGCUGGGACAGGAGGGAAUUGAAGCUGAGCUAGAGGACAUUAGACAGAGUUUGGAGUCAGCAAAGGAUUUAAGCAUCGUUCAGGAGAUUAAAGCCAUAUUAAAAUGGAAAAUCUUGAAGAGAAUACUUUUUGGGAUUGUACUUCAUGUAUUUGCUGCUUCCUGUGGAACAGCAGUUUUUUUCUACUCUGAGCCGUUAUUUUGUUCUCUGGGGAUUGCUCCGUUUGUCACUGCUAUUGUGAUCGGAGUACUGAGUCUCUGUGGAGGUAUCUUCAUAACACUCUUCAUUGAGAAGCUUGGUAGAAAGCCGAUGCUGGUGGGAGGUGGUCUAAUGAUGUUUCUCCUCACUGGAGCAGCUGCUACACUAGUGUAUGCCUUCAACUUGGAGGAAGAUAAGAAUGAUGUCGUCGGCUAUAUUGUUGUGUGUCUAGUCUGCCUCUUUAUGUUAGUCUACUCAUCCACCUGGUAUACCAUUCCAUGGAUUGUCACUACUGAGAUUUUCCCUUUGGAGGGACGAGGUAUUGCGGUUGCUAUCACCACGGCAAUGAACUGGGGAUCAAUCUAUAUUUUCACACAAUCUUUCCCCGCCAUUUUAGCUUCUUUAAAAGCCUCUGGUUCCCUCUACAUGAUUAGUAUAAUCAACAUAGCUGCAGCUGUGUUUUAUCUGUUUUUUCUACCCGAGACCAAGGGUGUUAGUCUUGAACAAGCAGAUAAGAUAUUUGCUAAGCCCUGGUUGGAAAGAAUUGGACUUGCUAGUUGUUUCAGGUUUUGCCGAAGACCUGAAAGCCUCUCAACUGAUGUCAGCAGGACAGACAAUGGAGUAGUGUUAACAGGUGGUAAGCUUAAACCCAGGGAAGAUGAGAAGUCAAGUCCUAAGAGAAGAAGUGAUAUGGAGAAUGACAAAGACUGGGAGGACUAUUGGGAACACUAUGAAAAUGAAGUGAAUGAUGCCAUUAGACACAGAGAAACAAUUUUGUGACCGGUGUUCUGUUGCAUUCCAUCUCAGCUCAUUAUUCAUUUUUAAUCAUUAAUCAUUAUGACCUCAUUAUUUAAAUUUGUAUAGUUAAUGACCCUGUUCCAAAUUACUACGAUUGGUACUAGUAGAGAGCGAC